AUGUUGCAGCCUCUCACCAUGGACCUGCCCUCAUGGCUGCUUGGACAGCUCCUGGCCACCACAGUACUUCAGCUUCUGAGCUGCAGCACCGCAGCCCCUUUUCCUACCUUGGCGCCCCCACUUACCAUGGUCAUUAACGGCGAGAGGAAGACCCUAGUGGUUUGUGUGGUGAACGACCUCUCCCAGGACACGGCAGAUGCCAUCUGGUUUUCGAAUGAGAAUGGAAGUGCCCUGGACUCCUUCACUUACGCGGUUUCCAGGGAGGAAGACGGCACAUUCAGCACAGUCUCUCACCUCUCCGUCCACACCGUAGAACUGGAGUCCUGGGAAUCCCUCACCUGCCAUGUGAGACAGAACAGAACCGCCCAGGUGUGGAGUGCCAGGUCCCUGCUGAUCUCUGAAGACCACGUGGAAGAGCAAUGUCUGGAUGAAGACCGAAGUGCUCUGCCCGUCUGUUCACAAAUCCUGCUUCUCUUGGCUAUCAGAGUGUUGUUGCUGAAGUUCCUCCUGUUUGACAUACUGAUCACCUGCAGCUUCCUCUUCAAAGGGGGACGCCGAGCCCUACCGCUGAACUCUGUAAAUAGUUCCUCUGCUCAGGCUUGGUUCAGCAACAGAGAAUCAGCCUCACCUGACAGCAUGGAGAGCAGACGGAGGCAGAGACUGAGUCGGACAGAGUUAGUGACUGGAGCUAGCCAUCCCAGGGGUAGCAGAGACAGAGCUUCCCACACCAGUUCCUUACACCUUCCACCCAUCUGAGCUAGAGCAAAUCAAAUGACCCACUAGCAGGUGUCCUCACAGUGGGACUU